CGCGUACUCCUGCUAAAAAAGAAAUUGAGGGUAAACGUAAAAGAGUACCGCAAGCAACUGACUGUCCAUUCCGCGUUCGAGCAUCUCAUGAUUCAGUAACUGGUCUUUGGCAUACAUUAGAUGUCAAACUCGAGCACAAUCACCAAAUGGUAUCAGCAGAACAACGUCGAUUUAUGGCAAGUGAACGAGAGCUUCCUGAAGAUGUCAAAGCAGAAAUUCUUUUACUCAAACGAUCGGGUCUGCACGUUUCUCAAAUUCGUUCAGUUCUCGCAACAAAAUUUACUAACCGCGUUACCUGGAUUUAUAACGACCUAUACAACUUUUUACAUAAUUCGGGAAGUCUUACUAAUAAAGAGUUUGACGCACAGGAAUUUAUUGAUACGCUAAAAUAUCUUCAGGCUGAUUACCCGGAACUUGCUUUCGAUUAUCAAUGCGACCCAUUAUCUAACCGGCUUCAACAUGUAAUUUGGAUGUUUCCGGAGCAGAGAAUGGCGUACUCUCGGUUUUACGAUGUAGUCGUCUUUGAUAACACUUAUUCAACCAACCGGUUUUCCAUGCCAUUUGGUAUUUUCAGCGGUGUUAACAACUAUGGCCAGUCAGUCUGUUUUGCAGGUGCAUUGAUGACAUCUGAAACAGCGGAAAGUUUUGUGUGGAUUUUUGAGAGCUUCCUUAAGCUCGUUAAUAACCAUUCUCCAGGAGUAUUGUUAACCGAUAAUGACAAUGGCAUCUCUAGCGCUUUCAAUCAAACUUUCGCUCUUUUUGGCUCAAAACAUCGACUGUGUCUUUGGCACUUAUUUAAAAACGUUAUGAAAAAUUUGCAAGGCGUGCUUGGCUCAGACUGGUCGAAGUUUUCAGGCGAUUUUUAUGCGUGUAUAAGAGAAACUGAUGAACAAACAUUUUUAGAAAAAUGGGAGGCACUGAAGCAAGACCAUGUGCACGCCGUAAAGUACUUAGCUAUUAUGGAAAAAACUAAGGAAAAAUGGGCGCCUUGUUACUUGUCCGAUAUAUUUUUAGCGGGUAUGACGACAACACAAAGGGGAGAAAGUAUGAACGCUCUUUUAAAGCAUUUUUUUGAUGCCAAUACUUCGUUAAAAGAGUUUCUUGAAGCGUUUGCUUCAGCAGUAGAGUCAAGAAAAGAAGCUGAAGACUAUGCUGCAUUUAAAGAAAAUAAUCUCAGCACACGUUGUAAGUCUGGUAAUCCCUUUGAAGAACAGGCAAAUUGUCUCUAUACGAGAUAUGCUUUUUAUAAAAUUCAGGAACAAAUUCAUAAGUCAAUGAAUUAUAAAUGCAUUAUUAUAUGGUAA